AUGAAUAACAGGAACAGCACAAUCCUCAGAACGAAGUUCUCAGCUCUAUAUCGCAGUACUAGAGAGAAAAACAAGAAAAAUGCAGAAAAUGAUCCGAAAAAGAGUAACGAAUAUAAAACCAGUGGCGAUACCACUCGCCACAACCGAGACCUCACCACAUUGCUAUUUAACCCAUCCGAGUCAGCAGAAUGGCUUAAAGUUGUUGCUCGCAAGUACAUUGAGUGUUUAAGUAGCUCGAGUCCUAAGCAACAUAAAAUGGCUUCUCAGUUGCUCAUUUCAAACCUUUCACGUGUCAUUGGUACUCGUAUCAUUGUUGGCUGUUCAUAUUUACCUCGAUGUUUUGUUCGAAAUAUUGCGAUUGUACAUAUUGUAAAUAUUUCAGAUUUAUCAGAUCAGAUCAGAAAAGCUCUAAUUCGUCAAACAGUUUUGACAUGCUUCACUCGUAUUUCAAAUCGACAAUCGUAUGCUGCAGUUUUUUCAGUUAUAUCAGCUCUAAUACGGGGAGAUCAAACAGCCUCCAUGAAAUAUCUUUCAAAUUCUUAUGCAUCAUUCUUUGAGAGUUACAAUACUUCUAAAUGGGCAGUUGCAAAGUCGAUUCUUGCUCUUGAGUGGCUGUUCAGACUCAGUAGUUGGUUAGAUUUCAAAAAUGCUGUUGUCGUCAAUCAUUAUAUGAUAGCGUUGUUAUCAGUAGCACUGCCUAUCUGUGCUAGCAGAAAAUUCGUGAAGAUGGAAAGAAAAAUAAAUUCUAUGCUCCAAAAAAUAUCUUUGCAAGCAGUUUUUGAAUGGAUGCAUAGUCACUAUGCUCUUGAACCAUCUUCGGGAUUAAAUAUUCUUGCUCUUCUUUCGUUUCUUUCAUGCACUGGCGAUAAUUUUGAAUUUGGAUUUUUUGUCGAUGUGUUCACCUCAAAUGUUCUUCUUGCGAAGCAGCAUCCAAAUGUCGCUGUUGUGGAAGCUAGUUCGGGAAUAUUUAAAACAAUAGAUGUAGCAACUUUUCGUGAUGUGAUUAUGGCAGUCGUUAAAAAAACCAUGUUACGCUGUCCGGAAAUUGCGAUUUUUGGAGUACAGCAUUUGCUGCAGUCGAUACGUAUUGAUCUGUCUCUUUUUGUCAGUGACCUUUAUAAAAUUCUUUCUGCUUCGUUAAUUGUAUCAGUUGAUGAAGUUCGCAAUCUCACUUCCUUGUCCAUAGCUGCAUUAGCUACCAAAGUCACUGAUCCUAAAAUAUUUAAAGAGCUAAUUGAAGAAGUAUUCCGAACAUAUUCAGGAUCAAGUGGAAAAGUUUUAAAUGCCACUCAAAGAAUAACUGUCUUGAAAACUCUUAAAAUGAUGAGCUGUCACGGGAUAAAGGAUGACAUUGCUUGUGACUUAAUUGCUUCAGAUGUUUUGCAAAAACUGAAUCGGUUGUUGAUUUCUGAAGUUCAUCACGCUACUUAUGAAGCUAUUUGGCAGGCAAUAAUUGCGUGGUCUACACAGAUUGCAAAUUUGGAUGAAAAGCUAGAACCUGUUCUUAAGGGUGCUUUGAAGUCAUCAAAUCGUUCUGCAGCCUUGAGAAAUAUGACUAAUCUGUGCAAUAUCGAUAACAACAAAAUAUUCAAGUUGAGUAAUGAUUUAUGGAAGUUGGUAUUUGAUAUAUAUGGUUCACAAUCGAAUGCAGAAGAUUUUAUUUUUGCUUCACUUUUACUGCUGAAUGAGGAAAAAUCUAAGGCCACAGUUUUGCAGUCGCUAGAGAAAGUGGAUUUUUGCAAAGAAAAAUUUACUACAUCUUUGAGCGCAAUUGGUAUCUCCCUGAAUAUGAUUUGUCUAACAAAAUUACUGGAAAAAGUGAUCGAAAACGUGGAAAUUGAGAAAUUGAGUGACAUGCAAAAUAUAUUUUAUGCCUUGUUUAUGGCUCUUUGCUGGCCCAGUUAUGAAGUUCGUAAAAGCGCUAGUCAUUUGGUCAAGAAAUGUGUGGCAGAUAAAGGCAACAGAUUUUGUAUAUCAUUCCUGGAUUUUUUACUUCUGUAUUUAGCAUCUAGUUGUGCAAAAAAGAGCGUGAUACGUGCUCACAAUGAAGGAAGUAUAGAUGGCAAAUUAAUAGCUGCAGCAGUCAAUACUGUUAUGAUUCCUUUCAAUGCCGUGGAAGAAGAUUUUGAUGUGGGUAUCACUGUUAUUACUUCAGGCCUUCUGAUAUCUUGCUGUUCAUCCAUGGUGGAAAGUGAUCCAUCGUGUUGGAAUCGCUGGUUGCGUUCGAUAACGAAUGUUAAUCGUUUGUUUGAUGAAAAAGGCACCAACACAAUGAUUGAUUCUGUGUUUGCUACUACUGAUUGCGUAAUCCGAUCUAAUGCCAUAAAAAUGCUUAUGACAAGUGAAAAAGUGGCUAAAAGCAUCCGUGGUCAAGUCUGGAAUUAUUGUAUAAAAUUGUUGAAUGAUAUUGACGUUGAACGAUAUGUUUCAAUAACAGAUAGAGAUUUUGCAAUCUACAAUACACCGGAUGGAGUGUUAUAUAAUACAGCGGUAUUGGAGUUGACUUAUGAACAAGAAUUUGGUUGCAAAAAUGUAAAAAGGGAAAAUAAAGCUUACAAAUACAAAGAUCAAAUAUUCGAAACACAAUUGAAGAAGGAACUUGCGGAAAAGAGACGUCUAGAAGGCAAACUAACUUCACAACAAGAACAAGCAAAACGACUAGAAAUGAAUGUUGAGCAGAAAAUCAGAGAAGAACUGAGGGUACUGUACGUAGACUGCAAGGAGCGUAUUCAACCCUUAAUAUCAGUUAUAAGUGGCGAUCCUUUUAGUGCAGCGAAGCACACAUCAUUACUCUUUGAUUUCGUAAUCCCUCUGUUAAGAUCACCUCUUGUGUCGUCUUUGGCUUAUGAAGUUUAUCGCAGCUUUCGGGAUGCUGCUUUUGAGCCGUCUGAAGAUUAUCUGCCUGAAUUAAUUCUACAUUCAUCAGUUCGAUUAUUUCAUUCAUUUUACAUAAACAUGGCAUGGAGUCAGGAACCUCUUGCUAAACAGGUGGAAAAAACAAUUGCUCUUCUGGCAGCUCGCUGUGUGCUCCCAGUUUUACUCGAUGAGGAAGCAAGAAAUGAAGAAGAGCUGAUCGAUGCAGAUGACGAAGAAAUAAUGAGUCUUCCCAAGUUCAAUGUUUCUUUUCCUUUAAUUGAUGCAGUCUUGCGAGAUGAAAGCUUUCCGUAUGCUCUGCGGCUAAAUGCGUUGCGAUUACUAUCUUCCGUGCUUGAAGGCAGUUUUAUUCAGUUAACUGAAGUACAGUACCUUCCGCUAAAUCGUUUAUGCUCUAUUUUACUUCAUAUUUUAUCUACUGAUGUCUCAGAAUUGCAUCAUAUUGCCAAGAUUUCACUGAAAACAUUUUGUAAACUUUUGGAUAAUUGUCCAGAAAAAGAUCUAGAGCAAGCAACACUAUUUAACACUCUUAUGGAGGUUUUAGUGGAAGAAAAUUCUCAGCUACGAGAGUCUGCUCUUCUGGGGCUCAGUCAGCUACAUCAUUUAUAUAACUUUUUAAUUUCAACAAAAAGUGGUCCGCAUUUUGUUCGGUCGUUUAAAACUCACAUAUUAAUUGCUUUAAACGAUCCUGUAGAAGCUUGUGUUAAUUUGGCAGAAAAAAUUUGGCAAGAUCAGGAGCUUUUUGCAACAGCUGAUUUAGUCGAAAGUAUCAUGAAUCAUAUAGUUUCGGAACAUCUCUUCUUGAGGAACUCUGCAUCUGCUGCCCUUGGAAAUUUGCAGAAGGAAUUCCCUCAAAUAAUGAUGCCAGUGUUGGAAAAACUGAAUACAUUGUAUUCAGAUUACAGAACAGUUCAACCACCUGUUUAUGAUGAAAUUGGACGAUUAAUCCAAGAUGCUGUAGAUCGUUGGAAAAGUCGAUCAGGUAUUGCUAAAGCUCUUAAUGUGCUUGCUUCCAGCAUUUCACGUGAGUUUGUAACAUGCUUCAUCAAAAUCAUCGUUCCUGAUGGCAUUAGCGACAUAAAUCAAGAAUGUCGAAAAUUGAUGCUAGCUGCUGCAAUUGAAGUCAUCAAAAUCUAUGGACAAGUCGAAAUGACGUUCUUUUUACCAUUUUUCGAAGAAAUGUUAGAUUCCGUACCAAACAGUAAAGAUUUUGAUGAUUUGCGCCAAGGAUUAGUGAUUCUAAUGGGCACGCUAGCACAGCAUUUAAACUCAUCAGAUGAGAAAGUGUGUACGAUAGUAGCUCGAUUAAUAGAAUCACUGUCGACACCAUCGCAGCAAGUACAGGAAGCAGUAUCCAAAUGUUUGCCCCCAUUAGUUCCAGCCAUUAAGGAUUCCGCAAGGGAACUCAUUGCUUCUUUGUCAUGUUUGCUAGUUCAAGCAGUUUCCUAUGGAGAAAGACGCGGUGCAGCCUAUGGAAUUGCUGGUCUGAUUAAAGGUCUUGGGAUGUCAGCAUUGAGAGAAUUCGAACUAAUAAAGUUUUUUCUAACUUGUUUAGCCAACAAAAAAAAUGCUCAUCAUCGUGAAGGUGCUCUUCUGGCAUUUGAAAUUCUUUGCAGUACUAUGGGUAAAUUGUUUGAACCUUAUAUAGUUCAGCUUUUACCUUCAUUAUUAGUUUGUUUCGGUGACUCAGACGACAAAGUUCGUUUAGCAGCAAGUGAUGCAGCGCGAUCCAUGAUGUCCGUGCUUUCUUCUCACGGCGUUAAGUUGGUAUUGCCAUCACUCUUGAGUGCUUUAAAUGAAGAAUCUUGGCGAACAAAAUGUGCUUCAGUAGAACUUCUUGGAUCGAUGGCAUUUUGUGCGCCUAAACAACUCUCGUCUUGUUUGCCAAGCAUUGUUCCCAAGCUUAUGGAAGUAUUGAGUGAUUCACAUUCAAAAGUACAGAAAUCAGGAGAAAAAGCAUUAAAGCAAAUCGCUCAAGUUAUUCGUAAUCCGGAGAUUCUUAGCAUAAGCAGUCAAUUGUUGAUGGGGCUAAUUAAUCCUUCCGAAAAGACUUCUUUAUGUUUACAAACGAUAGUGAAUACUAAAUUCAUUCAUUAUAUCGACGCCGCUUCACUUUCUUUAAUGAUACCCACUGAUAUGGAACCUUAUCUAACACAAUUACUUCCUGGAGUCCAGAAAUCCCUGCUAGACCCUAUCCCAGAAAUACGUACUGUUGCAGCAAAAGCUAUUGGUGCAAUUGUCGGUUGCUCUGCGAACAGCACUGCAUCGCAAAUACGUGGAGAUCUUGUUCCAUGGCUUAAAGAAAAGCUUGUUUCGAAAACAAGUGCUGUUGAUCGUUCAGGUGCUGCUCAAGGUUUGGUAGAGGUUUUAAAGGCAGUAGGACAAAAUCAGCUGCCUACGAUUAUGCCUGAAAUAAUAAAAAUAACCGAAUCAAGAGAAACAGUUCCAGAAGUGCGCGAUGGCUACAUACUGAUGUAUAUUUAUCUACCAAUGGCCUUUGGCGAUCAUUUCAUCCCUUAUAUAUCUAUGAUUAUUCCAAGCAUUUUGAAAGCUCUGGCAGAUGAAAAUGAAUAUGUACGUGAUAGUGCUUUGAAAGCGGGACAACGUUUGAUAUCAAUUUAUUGUGUGCACGCUAGACGACUUUUAUUACCGCAAUUGCAAGCUGCAUUGUUUGAUGAUAAUUGGCGAAUCCGAUUUGCAGCCGUUACACUGAUUGGUGACUUCCUAUUCAACAUAUCAGGUGUAAGUGGAAAAAUGACAUCAGCUACCUCAAACGAAGAUGAUACGAUGGGUAUGGAAUCUGCUGGGAAAGCUAUCGUACGACAACUGGGGCAGACUUGCAGAGACCAGAUUAUCGCUGGUAUAUACUUGUUACGCUCAGAUGUUUCACUACAAGUUCGUCAAGUUUCCAGUCACGUUUGGAAGGUAGUAGUAGCGAAUACUCCUCGUACUCUUAAAGAAAUGAUGAAAACCCUAUUUUCAAUGUUGCUGAACUGUUUGGCAAGUGAUAGUGAUGAUCGACAAGUGAUGGCUGGACGCUGUCUUGGAGAUUUGGUCAAAAAAAUGGGUGAAAGAAUAGUUAUUGAUGUGUUACCUGUUCUGGAAAGUAAUCUUUCAUCACAGUCUGUUAAACAACGUCUCGGUGUCGCUAUAUCUCUAAGAGAAAUUAUUGGGAAUUCCACAAAAGAUGUCAUUUUGAUGUACUCGGCACAAUUAGUGGAGCCAAUCAAAAAAGUAAUUUGCGACCCAGAUUUGUUGGUUCGCCGAGCAGCUGCGAUUGCUUUUACAUCAUUUUAUCAGACCGCUGGUUUCUCAGCAUUUGAGGAUAUUGUGGGACCUCUUUUGGAUGCAAAUAUAAUAUCUAACGACAUUGUUCUUGAUGGUCUCUCACAAAUUAUGCACAUGAAUGGAAGGCAAAUGCUACCUUUCAUUUUGCCUAAAUUAACGCAUCCACCGAUAAAUAUUAAAGCACUGUGUGAACUCUCUGCAGCUGCUGGUGAUUCAUUGACUAAAAGCAUUGCCCAAAUUCUCGAUUCCAUGUUAAAUAAUUGUGGAACAGACGAAGAAAUCAAUCAGUGUUUGAAAGUGAUAUUGUCAGUAACAGAAGAUAAAGGAAUCUUGGUCAUACUUACGACUCUUCUUCAACGAACACAAGCUGAAAAUCAUAUUCCUUCGUCUACUCUUAUUUAUCUUUUUGCAAAGAAUUCACCACUCGAUCUAAGUAAGUUUGCUAGUGAUGUGCUACCUCCCAUGUUAUUACUUUACAAUUCGACAGUAGAUAAAGUGGUAGAAAACGCAAUAGAAAGCUUAAUAUAUAUUUGUCGAAGUAUGGACCAAUGCCAGAUGCUCUCGAUUUUACCUACACUGAAACAUUCUUUAUUAUUAUUACAGAAGAAAGUAACUUCGUCAUGUAUAGCAGGAUUUGCUCAUAUUAAGGGUCUCACUCCUUUGCUUCCAAUUAUCCGAGAAGCGAUUUUGUCGGGAGAUGCAGAACUUAAAGAGCUUGCGAGUGAAACACUUGGUAUCACUAUAUUACUGAGUUCUGUAACUGCGCUGCAGCCAAAUGUUGUGAAUAUCACUGGUCCUCUUAUACGCGUUCUUGGAGAUCGUUAUUCGCAUACUGUCAAGAUUUCCAUUCUCACUACACUUUAUCUUCUUAUUGACAAGGUAGAUAUGCUAGUACGUCCAUUUUUACCACAACUUCAAAGUACCUUUUUCAAAGCGUUGCAAGAUACAUCUGCACGCAGCGUACGACUUUGUGCUGGUGGAGCUCUAUCACGUCUGAAUAACAUUCACCCGAAGUCUGAUUCCAUCUCACUAGAAAUCGUCAAUGAAACAACCUUGAUAACAUUAAGAGCAAUUUUGGUUCUUUCGAAAUCAGUACUUAGUGAUAGCGUUAUUCAAGAAGUUUUAUUGGUGGCGGAGAAACAUCAGAAAAACAAGGACUUAAUGAUUGUUCAAGCUGCUUCGGCUCUUCGUGGAGAAUGUGCUUUGAAAUUACAUCGGUUGAUUAAUGAAUAUGUCUCGGUGCCUGAAGAUAGUUGUCGUCAUUAUGCUACUAUCGUAACACUGCAGUAUAUUUCUUGUGCCAAUCCACAGGAAGUACUAGAAGUAUAUGGUAUUGAAAAGCUACGUAUGGCAUUUGUAAGUGCAAUACAAAAUGAAAAGCCAACAAUUUCAUCUUGUGCCAUACGUGGAGCAGCUUCAAUUCUUCUA